AAUUACUGCGGGAUGUCGGGUUCUCAAGGUCUACAGACGUCAAAGUACUUUAAAGUCGCAGCGGCGGCUAUUUUGCUCCAGGAUUAUUGCCUCACAUUAGACUCAGAAGUUCGCUGGGCUGCAGAAAAACGGUGGUCAUUCACUCGUGCUGCGUUCACGAUCGCUCGCUAUAUUCCUUUCAUUGGCGCGAGCCUAACUCUAGCAAAGGUGUUUGGUGUUAUGGGUAAUCAACCAGACUGCAUCCUUUUGUGGAAGACAGAAGUUGCUUUCCACUUCCUCGGCAUUGUGUCUUCAGAGUGUCUACUUACUUUUAGGGUCUACGUCCUGUACGACUGCAACAGGCGUCUGAUCUGCAGCCUCGCUGGUCUCGGGAUACUCAUGCUGAUUGCCGCGCUCAUAGCGAGCCUUGCGCCGUUCGCCUCGAUUCACGGCGCAGACCAGCACAGCCCUACGUUGUGUGUUUUUGAGGGAUCACGCAACAAUGCCCUCCCAUUCGCGGCUCUCUUAGUCUACGAAUUAGUACUUGCUCUGAUCCUCAUUGCUCGGAGGUGCACGUACAGCGGGCCUAUCAGCAGAUUUCUGGCGCAGCUGUACAACGAUGGAUUGUUGUAUAUGUUCCUCAUUAUAUCAAUCUCUACAGCUAAUAUCAUCGUCGACCUGUGCAUGCCGCUGGUGUACAGCGACCUGCUUGAUGCCCCCCAGGUAGUCGUACACUGCAUCCUGUCUUGCCGGAUCUUGUUCCGUAUGCAGGAUAGUGGACGAGAUGGAGCCUUUAUUGGAUACACGAGUAGCGUUCUAUGACAAGGUCUCAUUAUCCACACGCCUCAAGGAUGCGCCACUUCUGAACUUAGACUCAGAUACUUGUUUAUGUUCUCGAGAUGUAUGUAACGUGCACUUAGUCAUCG